AAGUUCAACUCGACCGUGUCCUCGUCGCGCCGCAAAAGCCGCAAGGCCCACUUCGGCGCCCACUCGACCCAGCGUCGUGUGCUCAUGAGCGCGCCCCUGUCCAAGGAGCUGCAGAACAAGUACAAUGUUCGCAGCCUGCCUAUCCGCAAGGAGGACGAGGUCAUGAUCGUGCGUGGCUCGCAGAAGUCCCGUGAGGGCCGCGUGACCGCCGUGUACCGCAAGAAGUUCGUCAUCCACGUCGAGCGUGUGGUGCGCGAGAAGGCCAACGGCGCCUCGGUGCCCAUUGGUAUUGACGCCUCCAAGGUGGUCAUCACCAAGCUCAAGCUUGACAAGGACCGCAAGAAGAUCCUGGAGCGCAAGAACCGCGCCGUGUCCGAGACCGAGAAGGGCAAGUUCACGGAGCAGGACGUCGCCAUGGCCAACGUCGACUAAGUGCGUACUUGUUGCCACUUGAGGAUCGAUUGACGGCUGCCAUCUCGAGCAUUGUUAUCGUAGAGAGAAGGAAAGACACACUAAGUAUGGCAGGUGCCGCGCGGCCUGCGCGACGGCUUAAAGCUGAUAAUGCGGAUCGUGGGGAGGUGGUCGCUCUCUCCUCUUGGCAUUUGCCAACUCA